CUGCCCCAGUGCUGUACCAGCGCACCACGCCCCCCCCCCCCUUCCACCCCGAGGCUUCCUCGCACCGAACGCGCACCGGGAGCGGGAGGCGGCUGCACGCCGGGGUUCAGCGCCCUGCUGGGGGUGAGCGGGGCUGCCCUGCGCCCGGACCCGGGGGAGGCGGCAGCGCGGCGGGGGCUGCCCGGUGCCAACCCCCGGGGGGGACGCACCCGCCCGGCCCCGCUCUGCCCGGCUCCCGCCUCGUUUUACGGUCGUGGAGAGGGAGGAAAAAUCCCAAACCAGGUCAAACUGGAGCAUUGCAACAAAACCUGAAAGGAUGAAUAGACACAGUAAUUCAUAACCUGCCAUUGCUUUGGUUGAGCUUUGGAACGGGCUGCUCAGAGAAGUAGUGGAGUCCCAACCCUGGAGCUGCGUAAAUGAGUAUGGAAGAUUAUGAUUUCCUCUUCAAAAUUGUUUUAAUUGGCAACGCCGGUGUGGGGAAGACCUGCUUGGUGCGACGCUUCACCCAGGGGCUUUUCCCACCAGGCCAAGGAGCCACGAUUGGGGUUGACUUCAUGAUUAAAACCGUGGAGAUAAAUGGUGAAAAAGUAAAGCUGCAGAUCUGGGACACGGCGGGACAAGAGCGAUUCCGCUCCAUAACGCAGAGCUACUACCGCAGCGCCAACGCCUUGAUACUGACCUACGACAUCACCUGCGAGGAGUCCUUCCGCUGCCUCCCCGAGUGGCUGCGGGAAAUCGAGCAGUACGCCAGCAACAAGGUCAUCACCGUGCUAGUGGGUAAUAAGAUUGAUUUAGCUGAUAAGAGGGAAGUCUCCCAGCAGAGAGCGGCGGAGUUCUCGGAGGCGCAGGACAUGUACUAUCUGGAAACCUCGGCGAAAGAAUCGGAUAAUGUGGAAAAACUCUUCCUGGACUUAGCCUGCCGGCUGAUCAGCGAGGCACGGCAGAACACCCUGGUGAACAAUGUCUCAUCCCCCUUACCAGGAGAGGGGAAAAGUAUCAGCUAUUUGACUUGCUGUAAUUUUAAUUAAAGAGCUGGCAUGCGAUUCCCCAUCCGCCAUGGGCCCUGAAGAUUUUUCGUCGGGAUAUGUCUCCUUGGAGGGAAUUCCACCUUGACCCAUCUGACUUCCUCGCAGUCAGGUCGCAGACCUAGAAGCAUGGCAGGCUGACAGCUCCAGCUGCAUGGCAACGUAGCAGAAUAUAACGUGGUUCAAAUUUAAUUUUUCUUGCAGUCUCUGGAGUGGGUUAGGGGAAAGGAGAGUUGCACAAGCGCUUCAUGUGAUGCAGAAAAUGAGCUAUCGCGUUUCCUUCUGGGGGAGAUUAGAGCAACCUCUCUUGGGGAAGAUUUGGAAGAGGUCAAAAUCUCUCUUACAGAACAAUGUGUUUGUUCCUUUUUAAAAGAAGAAAAAAACCAACAAUGAGCACUGACCCAGGACUGCGCUGGCAAUCAUCCGCGCUGCCAGCUGAGUGAAUUCUUGGGACGUGUAUAUAGUGUCUUUGUGGAGGAAGGUGUUUGAAAUAGUGUUAUGUCUCUCAUCUACAGGCACUUUCAUGAACAUGGAAUAAAAAAAAAAAAGGUUGUAUAUCUCAACAUUUUCAAACAGCAGUUUGAGAAGACAUGGAUACGGCUCAGUUGCUCCCUUUGGUGCUAGCAGUUCAGCAAAUGUUCCAUAGACCAAAUGUAGUCUUACUACAUUGCUGUCCUCUGAAUGUGUAACCUAGACUGAUUAGGAAAAGAACACUAAUAAGCACUGUUCAUUAAAAUCUCAUUACCUCUUUUUCUAGGCCUGAUCAUAGCGAGAAAUGACUGUGCUUCUUUGAUAUCCAAUGCAGGAUGAAAAGACUGCCCAGAAUUAUAAUAAACAUGUAGAUGAGAAAAUGUCCCUCCUCUAAUUGGUAACGUCCAAAAGUGAGAAAUGCCCUGGGAAACGUUAUUGGCGGAACUGCAGAAGUGCACCAGACAUGACCAAAAUGUUCUGCGUGCGCUGAUUGUGCAGAAGGGUUCAAAGAGAGCACAGUUCAAGUGGCAGCCUGCAAUAUGCCUCGGUUAAAAAUAAAGCUUGUAGAUAAAGUUCCUGCUGGAAAGGCAGGCAUACCAUUUUGUAGAGAUUUUCUUUUUUUAAUGCUAAAUGGAAAUAGCAACAGGUUGCAAGUGGCAUCGUUCUAUGUCUGACGCAUCUGGCGAUCACCUUGUGGAACUGUUCUCUAAGAAGUCCUUGAAGGUAUCUUCUUGACCUCUCCUCUCUGCUAGAGUAGCUUUCACAUUCAGGGCUGUAGAGUCAUUUAAUUUACUUGAUGCUUAGUGCUCUUAAUCUCAGACUCCAGCGUAUGCGUGACUAUUUAGGCAUUUUCUUUCUCCAAAACCCCUGAAGUGGAAGCGUUCUGGAAUUUGUGUUACACCUCUAGUGCCAUAUGUGAAUGAUGCAAAUUUACACGCUGACUUGAAAGCAAAAUGGGAGGGUAUUGAAUGCGCACAUGGAAAGUGAUUUUUAGAAGUUUGAGUUCAGUUUAGCUGAUCCGGAUAUAUCUCUCUGUGCAAUUACAUGGCUGUGAUAUGCUGUAAUUUAAAGUUAAUCACCUUAAUAUCAUUUGGCAUUUACUGAAGACUAUAACAGAGCUUUUGUAUUGACAUGAAAGCUGCCAGUAAGUUCCUCUUGAAAAUAAUAAUAAAAAAGAAAAGUGGCAUUUUGAAA